GAUAGCCCGCCCAAGAUCCCGCCUAGAGGGUUAGAAAAUGUUUUUGAUAGGGUAGCAUGGCAUACCUGAUUUGUCCACAAAAAUGUUGAUUGGUUGAAUGGGGGGAAACUCAUCAGAAUAUUUUUGUCGUCCCUCUGUUCCACUCCUGGUGGUCGUGGUAGAACAUGGCAAUGCAUAUGGCUAGUUGUUGUAUCAAUCAAAAUGAUAGACGGUAAAGAACAAACUGAUUGGAUAAGCAGAUUGUCUGGCAAGCUCGUGUAUGUAAACUGUCGCGUGUGCUGUUGAGUCUGCGCUGAAGGAAAGAGGAGGGCCUUGAAGACAGUGUUUUUAUUUAUUUCUUUGUUUCAGUGGAAAAAACAAUAACAACGAUAGUUGCAUUACUUGAAAUCCUUCUUUAGUAGUUACACUCAACCAAGAAAGAAAACUGGAAAAUACAACAGUAAGAAUUAAAAAGCCAAAGCGAAGGAGGGUAGGAUGAAGCGGCGCAAUGCGGACUGCAGCAAACUCCGACGGCCGUUGAAACGGAACCGAAUAACCGAGGGUAUAUACGGCAGUACGUUCCUGUACCUGAAGUUCCUGGUGGUGUGGGGGCUGGUGUUGCUGGCAGACUUUGUGCUCGACUUCAGGUUUGAGUACCUGUGGCCCUUCUGGCUCUUCAUCCGGAGUGUAUACGACUCCUUCCGCUACCAGGGCCUGGCAUUUUCAGUGUUCUUUGUUUGUGUGGCGUUUACAUCAGAUAUCAUUUGCCUGCUCUUCAUUCCUGUGCAGUGGCUCUUCUUCGCAGCCAGCACCUACGUCUGGGUGCAGUACGUGUGGCAUACAGAAAGAGGAGUGUGUCUCCCAACAGUAUCGCUAUGGAUACUUUUUGUAUAUAUAGAGGCAGCUAUCAGAUUCAAGGAUCUGAAAAACUUCCAUGUGGACCUGUGCCGUCCAUUUGCGGCACACUGUAUUGGCUACCCAGUGGUGACGCUGGGCUUUGGCUUCAAGAGUUACGUGAGCUACAAAAUGCGUGUGCGCAAGCAGAAGGAGGUGCAGAAGGAGAAUGAGUUCUACAUGCAGCUCCUCCAGCAGGCCCUGCCACCAGAACAGCAACUGCUCCAGAGGCAGGAGAGGGAAGCCGAGGAAGCUGCAGCCGCCAAAGGGAUGUCCGAGGACUCCCAGACGCCCGUAUCCCAGAACGGAGGCCCCGCCAUGGGCAAGAAGCCGUCCUCGGGGCCCCUGCCCGAGCUGGAGUACCGGGAGAAGGGGCGCAAGGGCCAAGGGUCGUCGGGGGCCCAACAGAGCGGCGACAGCAGCAGCAGCAGCAGCAGCAGCUCCAGCAAGGAGCCGGAGUACAUGGAGACGCAGCCCAACGGCAACAGCAAGAGACUGAGCCACAGCGACAGUGCCGAGAACCUGCUGCUCAAGGAGGAGAGCUCCUUCUCAUCCUGUUGCUCGUCCUCUUCCUCGUCCAACUGCAACGCCAAGAACCAGAAGAACGCCAGCGUGGCGGCGGGCAACUCCUCGCCCCGGGGGCACGGCACGGCCAACGGGAGCGUGCCGUCCUCGGCCCAGCAGCCCUCAGCCUCGGGCAAGGGCGACAAGAAGCAAAGGAGUGGUGGGGGCAAGAACGCCUCAGCGUGCCACAACAAAGACACACUGGAGAACUGCAUCCCCAACAACCAACUCAGCAAACCAGAGGCACUGCUGAGGCUGGAGCAGGACGUGAAGCGUCUGAAGGCAGAGCUGCAGGCCAGCCGUCAGGUGGAGCAGGACCUGCGCAGCCAGCUGGGGGCUCUGGGCAGCGCCGAGAGGAGUGUGCGCUCCGAGCUCGGACAGCUGCGACAGGAGAACGAGGUCCUACAGAACAAGCUGCACAGUGCGGUGCAGGGGAAGCAGAAGGAGCGGCAGGCGCUGGGCUCGCUGGAGCGGAGGCUGAAGCAGGAGCAGGAGGCGCGGGCAGCUGCCGAGAAACAGCUGGCCGACGAGAGGAAGCGCAAGAAGCUGGAGGAGGCCUCAGCUGCCCGCGCUGUUGCGCUCGCUGCCGCCUCACGAGGGGAGUGCACAGACUCCUUGCGGAGGCGAAUCUUGGAGCUGGAGACAGAGUGCAAGAAGCUCAGCAAAGACCUGAAACAGAAAGAGGAGCAGAUCCACGAGCUGGAGCUCACAGUGCAGGAGCUGCACAAGUAUAAGGAGAAUGAGAAGGACACGGAGGUGCUGAUGUCGGCGCUUUCGGCGAUGCAGGAGAAGACCCAGCACCUGGAGAACAGCCUGAGCGCCGAGACGCGCAUCAAGCUCGACCUCUUCUCUGCGCUGGGCGACGCCAAGAGGCAGCUGGAGAUUGCACAAGGUCAGAUCCUUCAGAAGGAACAGGAGAUCGCCGACCUGAAGCAGAAGAUCGCCGAGGUGAUGGCGGUCAUGCCCAGCCUGGCCUACUCCGCAGACACCAGCAGCAUGAGCCCUGUGGCGCCGCACUACUCCUCCAAGUUCAUGGACACCACCCCGUCCGGACUGGACCCCAACGCCUCUGUCUACCAGCCCCUCAAGAAGUGACCGACCGGCCUCCUUCUCACCGUCCCUCUCCCACUCUCUCUGUUUCUCUUUUUCUUUUUCUCUUUCUCUUUCUGUUUCUCUUUCUGUUUCUCUUUCUCUUUCUCUCUGCCAGAACCAGUGGAACUCUGCAUGUCUGCGGCUUAGAAUGUUCUCUAUCUCUCUUUUACUCCUCCUCAUCCCUUUCUCUUUUGUUUUUCUCUUCCUCCGUGGCUCUUCCCCUUCUAACCCCCCCCCUCCAUCUGGCCGGCGCAGCAGAAGGAUGUCGUGUUGUGUGACUGUAUUUGUCGUAGUAAAAACAAAAACUCAAAAGACACAAAAAAGAGACUUCAAGUGAUGGUCAACUCAAGUCUGGAAACCUCACAGAAACGACGUUCCAUCUUACAUUUAAGCAUAAGGAAAGGACCCCCCCCCCCCCCCAAAAAAAAAGCCUUUUCUUGUCAGUCUUUUUCUCCUCAGCUUCACUCAAUCCAUUGGAGUUUAGCUGUAGAUUGAGUAUGGUUAUAUUGAGGGGGUUGUUGUCCAUCUUCAACACUCGAAUUCUACUUACAUGCUGGUCCUGGCUCAACAAAAGUCAUCUGCAAAAAAAAAAAUGUCACCACCAGUGGCAACAAAGGAAUGUAAUAAAUUGUGGACUCGCUCUGUGAUAAAACUCCAUGUCUUGUUUGAAUCUCAAGAACAGGAGGAAACCCUUGUCUCUAAGCACCCCCUGCUGCGAUGAACAGGUUUUGGUUACAUGAUAUGUCAGCCUUCAGUUUAUUUGGAGCUCAAAUGGAAAUGUUCCCAGAUUAAAAAAAAUAAAUCCAGCAGAGUGAAAUUUUCUUUUAAAAAGAGCAUAAAUGCAAGCCUGUUCAGUCCCUUAAACUAUUAAAUCAUCCCCCCCCUCCCCCUAAGCUCUGCCCCUUGUGUUCAGGUCAAACAUCCCUCAAAUUAAAACUGAUCAGUGCCUUGACAUAGCAGCUCAUUGAUGGACUGGACUCCCUUGCCCAGCCAGGGUUGUCAGUGUUGGGUGUGCUCACCAGAGUCAGCUGCACUCUGUCUCUUCGAUUGAACAGGUGUGAGAGAGCUACAUUUGGUUAGCCAAUGGGCAGCUGGCUGAGGGCUGGUUACAUAGAGGCCUAGCUGAAGUCUUUGGUGGGUCAUUUGCAGAACUGGAGCACUCACUGGAAGUUUCUGUUGAGAGCUGUAGCGGUUAUGGCAAAGUGACCUGCACAAGGCCUUCAGGCUUGGUUAGUCAGGGCCUUCAUGCGCUUCAGUCUGUUGGUAUUGGCCUCUUUAUAGAAGUCUCGCAGUCAUGUUUCCAAUCAAGAGAUAGAACAGCCCUGACCUUGGUGAAUGCUGUACGCCCCUGGCAAUGUCACUCCUUUAUAGCAGUCCCAGGAACCAAAUCACAUGAGAAGCUACCUGCUGCCACAGCAACACUCCUGGUCAGACUGGCCCAGUGGUUUACUUCAUUCAAGUUGAUAUCAAUGUUGUAAUGAGUUAAGGACAUUUCAUAAUUGGACAGCAUAUGAGCAAGGAGGGAAUUGCCCACAUUAUUCAGGCCUGUUGAAUGACUAGUUGUUCUGUUGAUUAAUCCAUUAUUAUUCUGUUUUCAUAUGGCAGUGUUAUGACACAAUACCUGACCACAGUCCUUGCCACAACCAAAGCUUGUUGUGAUUUUUCACGGAGGACUUUUGGGUUUCAGUGGCCCAGGCGCAUCCCUGUGGAAAGGACCGACUCUGGCUCAUGUUUAACGUCCUCCCCCGGCAGCAAAAGGUUCAUUCGGAUGUGUCCUGUCUAAAAACGUUCUGCCAUGGUGGAGCCAUGACCGUGCAUCACUGAUCCUAGUGAACUCCGGAGGAAUGUCACUGUAUUUUCAUUUUGCUCAAGACAAUAAGUAUUAGUGAUCCAGUACGUUGAGGCCACCGAGUUAACCUGUUCUGCUUAAUGUUUAUGUCCCCUCCCGCAGGGCUUAGAUUGAUUGAUGGAUUUAUGUGAUUUUUGCUGUCAUUUCAUGUGGUUGGUUCUUUUGAGUGUUUACGUGGUAUGCUGGACAAACAGAUUUUCUUUUUUUUAAGUGCAGAUGACAAUGGUUCCUGUGUUUGGAAAUAAUGGGAAAAGGUCAGUCAGCUGAACGUUUAAUGGGAAAAACAUUUUUUUUUUUCUUGGUCGCUUCUUGCUCUGUCUCUUUCCUCCAGUCUGGAUCUCAGUUGUGGUCCCUUUCUGUGAGGUUUUCAAGGGAUUAAAGAAGGGUUUUCUUGCA